AGACCUGCAGGCACAGGAUGCUGAGGUGUGGGACACAUUCCUUGAUGUGAAAGGGACUGUCCCAGUGAGGUGCUGGGGUGUUUCCAGAGAAGGCAGCAAAGCUGAGGAAUGAUCUGGAGCACCAGUCUGAUGAGCAGCAGCUGAGGAAGUUCGGGGAGGCUUACCCUGGAGAAAAGGAAGCUUGGGGGGACCGUCUCUCCCCUGAAAGGGUGAAACAACUCCCUGAAAAGAUGGUGCAGCCAGGUGGAGCAGCUGGAGAUAAUCCAGAAGGACCAAACUAAGCAGGUAACACACACCAAGUGCUGGCUGCUCAGUGACAGUGCACAGCCCUCCUUGUUUGUCACUUCACACUGGAGCCACCGUCUCCUCUUGUGAGCUGUUCACAGUAUGGACCCAGCCAUGGGGCACUUGGCUCCAGGUCUCUGGGCACCUUCACCUCCAGGGUGUAGCACCUGCCCCCUCACAUUGGUGCCUGCAACUUGGCAUGGCUUCUGGCAUGCCCCACGGCAGCUCACAGAGCAAAUGGCUGCCAGGAGCAUCCAGAGCUCCUCAGAGUAGGACUGUCAGUGCUGUGAUGGCUUCUCCCCCACCUUUAACCAAGGCCCAGCUCUUGGCACAACUGGUAGGAACAGCUUUGCUCAGACAGUACGGUCCAGGUGUGGCUAGAGCAGCAUUGAUCUCAGAUGUGGUAGGAGUUAGCACUUGGGAAACAAUGCAGGAAAAGUCCCACUUCCCUGUCCAGUCCCAGCCAGAGCUGCCCAGGACUCUGCAGAGGCCUUGUGGCUAUGACCAGGGGUCUGGAGGCUCCUCAAGCAUCCCCUGGAGCAGGGAGAGCCUGGCCAGGCCAGAACUUGCAGCAGCCACCUAUCUGUGUCAAGCGUGCUGGAUGACUUGUGGGACUCCAGGUUGCAAGCCCCGGGGCAUUGGAACUUAACACAGGCUUUGCUUCCAGCACAUGGCUGCUCCUUACUCUUGGGUAGUUCCAACCAGCCUUGCUGUAAGGACUAACAUGGGGUGACUGUCACCUUGCCAUGUCCCGGGGUCUUCCUUGGCAGUGGGUGGUGCUGAACGGUUGCCCUGUGGCAGGAAACUUCUUUGUCGUGCCCUAGAGCUGGCUAGAGAGGAGGGGAUGUGCUUCUGCACAGGAAGAUUGUAGUUUUGUGCCUGGAGCUGGUCUCACCAAGCCAUGUUCUUCCAGGUGGAGGAGCUGAAUAAAAAGCUGACUCAUACCGAGAAGGCCACUUUGACCCAGGAACAGAGUUAAGGCACUUGAAGAGGAGCUGCAGGCAGCAGUCACCAGCCAUCAGGAGAAGGUGGCAGAGCUGCAGGUGCAGCUCACCCAGAAGGAGCAGGCAGCUGAGUCCUACAAAGGGCAGCCCUCCACCUCCUUAGGAACCAUCACGGAUGAGGAUGUGAAGAUGAGGGACCCAGAGGAGACGCUGCGAUGUGCCAGCAUGCAGCCCCCUCCCAGCUCAUCACUACGCGGCAGCAGAGGAAGCGCCUCUCGUAGGAGACCCACAAGGGCCCCUGUCCAAGAAGCCAACCAGCUGCUUCCCACGGCCCCAGACCACCCAGGACCGCGGCGAGCAGAGUGGCUCCCAGGUGAGUCAAGAGAGCGAGCAGCCAGCCCGAGCCAUGCAGGCUCAGAGGCGCCAGUCGAUGGCGUUCAGCAUCCUCAACACCCCCAGGGAGCUGGGGAGGCGCCUGCUGCGCCGGGCGGUCGCCCAGAGGAGCGCUCCCACGGCCUCCAGCAGCGGCGGCGGCGCCCGCCGUUCAUCCCGCAUCGCCACCGCCAAGUCCCCCAAGGGCAAGGCCGGUCGCCAGUCGCGCAAGGACAAUCGAUCCUGAGGUUUCCCCGGUCCCCGCGUUGCUGGCUCUGCCCUGGCCCCAACCUGCCCCCCCUCAGCUCUCCCUGUCUCUCCAGGGCCCAGGAGCACGGAGAGGGAACAGGUGGGGCCACCCACAUGGCUGCCUUGCACAUCCCACUGACAGCUCCAGAGGUGCCCUGGGCAUGGCAAGGCCCCCGUGCCCUUCCUGCACCACUUGUCACCCUAAACCCUUCUGGGACCCAAGGCAAGGGGAUGCACAGGGGCUGAGGGCUAGAAACACACAGGGGUGCAGGGGGUGGCACUUUCUUCUUGUAAAUAAAGUC